UGAAUGUCGGCAGAUAUCGAUAAACGAAGAAUAAUAUUCGAUCAACACAUCUCGAAUUUAGAGAUCGAUAGAUCGAGCAAUUUACUUAAAUUAAUCGAUUAAUCGAAUAUGAAUAAUUUCAAUAUCGAUAUGGCAACCGCUAGAAGAAAUUAAAUACAACAAACAAAUUCCGUUGGAAAACAUAAUAUCACAAAUAAAAGGGUAUUAUUAAAAGAAUCUGAUUAUGAUCACGCAUUAUGGAAAUGCUGUUAUUCUAUGUAUACAGAAAGGAUCAGCCUAGAGAAGAAGACUCAAGAAAAUGUAGAGAGAGUAAGAAAUAAUGUCAGAAAAUUAACUGGAACCCUCAAGGAAAGAGUGCUUAGAAGUCUGAUGGCCUUCUUUCAAGAGACCAAUUUACAAUUAGAAAACUAUGUGUAGCUGAUAGUCAAAGGUAGGACGACAAGGAAGAACGAGCAAUAGGAAGGAAUUUAAAAAAGUGAGAAUGCCGUUAAUUUAGCUGUUUACGAGAAAGAGAGGGGCCGAAAUCGGAACAGUUUUUAAAAACCAUUAUUUUUGGCACUUUCUCCUACAUUCGAAAUCGUUCUUGACGGUACUCUCACUCUUCUACUUUCACUAUAAUUUUUCAUAUGAUUUCUGGCAAAGCUAGUUUCUAGCAACUAAUAAAAAAAUGGUUUGACAUUAAAAGGUAAUUUCACCUUUGGCACUAAAAAUGUUGUACAUAAAAACUAAUUGAAUAUGACUUUGGGAAAUUUAGAUUUUUACGGGUUUAGUACAGGUUUACCACAAUGAUCGACGGUGGAUGUCACAGUUCGAAGAGUGGAAUUUCUGCAUGUGGACCUAAUUCGAUAAUCAGGGUCUGUAUAAAUACAGAAUACGAGUUGAAAGUAAGCGAAGGAAUCGUCCGGUGCAUCCGAAUGAGGAAGAUAACGAUUUGGAAAGGAAAGAAAGAAAGGUGGAGGGGUAGUGAGAAAAGCCGUAUGAAAGGAACUAUCAGGAGAGAGAGAGAGUGGUCUCUGGAUGCUGUAUUUCCGUUCCUCAUCAGUAGUCAACCUUAUGCCGAGGAUCUCCUCCUUUCUUCGCAGUGUCAUCGGGUAAUCGGCGAAGGAAAGACGUCAAAGUGAUUCCGAUCGUGAUGGAAAUGUAAUUGAAAUCAAACACCUGUUCCUCUUAUCGUUCUAAGGAUCGGUACUUUUCAUUCAUUUCGGUCAUCGUCAGUCGUGGGUUGGCGUGUGCGUAUGCCAGUGUGCGUGCGUGGGUAUGUGUGCGCUAGCAUAAAGCACCAAUCGAUCGAGUAAUAAUCUACGAUUAAAUAAUUAAUAACCGGAGGCAAAUGUAUUGUUGGAUAUCAUAAAUGCAAUGGUCCGCGUGGAAUUUUUGAAGGAACUCGUGAUCCAGACAAUGUUCACCGGUUUCAGCACGCGGUGUGAAAAGAAACGGUCUGACGAAUGCUCAUGUUUAUCGUUAAGCAGCCCCUUUUGAACGUCACGUGGCAAGAGGAAGGGAAGAGAACGCGUGGCAGGCGUGCAAAGAUGGGAAUUGUCCUACCAAGAGUAUUUCGACGAGCCGAUUCAUACGUGCGAUUCAAAUCGGCAUUGUCAAAGUCGAAAGUUACUGAGUCUAACUUUCACUAAUAACCAAACGGUGUAAUGCUACGGUUUCACGCGUGUACCGCACGUUCACGGGACGUCGUAGGGUACUGAGAACGUGUUACGAAGCAACAACCACACGAAGAGACGACGUGCCACUUGUUUCGGUGGCCUGGUUUCACGACCCACUUUUCUACCGGACCACACUACGUGUGAAUGCCUUCGCUACGCUUCGCGUAUUCUUACGGUACACGAACGGUAUCCAGGAAAAAGACACACAAAGUUCAGAAAUGAAAUUAAACAUUUGCAGAACUUUUCAGGCGUUCCUAUCGAGACAAAUUUUCUCAUUAAUGUGUACUUUGUGAAGAAAGAUAGAGACCCUCAUUUAGGGGUAGGAUCAUAUUUCAUCGUAAGAUUACGACUAUAUAUUUAGACGAGUCGUAAGUUUGUUCGAGUUGCAAUUAUCGUCGAUAAACGAUAAAAAUAGAAAUGUGAUCGAUCAACGGUAUUCUUCAGAAUUUAGUAUCUUUCUGGCCUGAUUCGAGAGGAUUAUAUUUAAACAUAAAUAGAUAGAUAGAUAGAUGGAUAGAUAGAGAGAGAGAGAGAGAGAGGUUCUAGCAAGGAUGCUAGAUUAUCGAUUGAACUUUUUUAUUGCGAUUCUGUUCGAAUAAAUCACAGGAGCUAUGCAAGUAUCGAUCGGUAAUAUCGGCGAGUUAACGUUUGAAAAAGAUCGGGGAAUAAAACUGUUUCGAAGGAAAAGACACUGCACGGAAACUGCGAAUUUUCGAUUCGCAAAGCGUAAAGAUUUAGGGUGUUCCUUCGCAUUGGUGAACGACUAGAGGAGCUACAACGAGUCGGCAACGAGUCAAAUCUUUGUCGAUCGAUCUUGUUUUAGAUCGCUGGUAGAAAAGAGAAAUGAAUUGGCUUGCAAGUUUACUUUUCACUCGGCUUCUUGUUGGAUUCUAUUGUCAAGCCGAUAUCAGGAAAAAUGACCGGUAUUUAGAGAAUUUCGAUCUAGAUACAAAGAAGGAAACUGCGAUGGAAAAUGUAAUCGAUACAGAAGGACAGACACGAUUUUUCGACGAACUCGGACUGAUACCGCAAACGUGUACGUACAAAGGAACGACAUUCGAUUGUGGCCUUAGUAUUAGUUGCGUUCUCGGAGGUGGUCGUCCGGUCGAUCUCUGUUCCGGAGGAUUGAUAUGGAGCUGUUGCGUCGACGACGAUGACAUCCCCGACAAAGUACCACGACCGACAAUCGGGCUACUACAAAAUGCUACACUUUCGUUAAACUUGGGAAAUCAACAUCCCUAUGUGGACGAUGAUGUGCAAAUCUACGACAACGCGGCAAGGCCGAGCAAACCGACGUAUAGCGGUCAGAACGAGCACGGGACGAGCUACCUGUACGCAGACAUCGCAAACAAACCAACAACCAUUUAUGAGUCUUCACAGACAUGGAAUUACGAUCGGCCUGUGCAUACAAAUCGUCCAUCGGUUUAUCAUCCGCUGCAGCUUGAUUAUCCUCAGGAUGAAUAUGACGUCGCUUAUCCCGAUGUUUCGGGAAUUCACACGCCAAACGAGGACGUCUCAAACUCCGUGGAUUAUUCCAAAUAUCGUGGUUGCGGUGAACUUUACACGAGAAGUAAUAGAAUCGUAGGUGGGCACAGUUCCAGUUUCGGUAGUCAUCCAUGGCAGGCUGCCAUUAUCAAAUCUGGAUUUUUAACAAAAAAGUUGUCAUGCGGCGGUGCCUUAUUGAACAACAGAUGGGUCGUUACCGCGGCUCACUGUGUCGCAACAACACCGAAUAGUAACCUGAAAGUUCGUCUUGGUGAAUGGGACGUUAGAGACGCAUCCGAACGAUUGCUACACGAAGAAUUCAACGUCGAAAGGAAAGAGGUUCAUCCGCAAUACUCGCCAACCGAUUUCCGAAACGACGUGGCAUUGGUGAAGCUUUCGAGAACAGUGGCGUUCAAACAACAUAUCGUACCUGUCUGUUUACCAGCCAAGAAUCUCAAAAUUUCUGGACGCACAGCGACAGUUGCCGGUUGGGGUAGAACUAGACACGGGCAAAGUUCGGCGCCGUCGGUUCUUCAAGAGGUUGAUGUGGAAGUAAUCCCCAAUGAAAGAUGUCAGCGUUGGUUUAGAGCGGCUGGAAGACGCGAAACCAUUCACGACGUCUUUUUAUGCGCCGGAUAUAAGGAAGGUGGACGAGAUUCCUGUCAGGGGGACUCGGGUGGUCCUUUAACCAUGUCCGUCGAAGGAAGACACGUAUUAAUCGGUCUCGUGUCAUGGGGUAUAGGAUGCGGUCGGGAACAUCUGCCAGGUGUAUAUACGAAUAUUCAGAAAUUCGUACCUUGGAUCGACAAGGUUAUGAGUUAGAUUUUGUAAUUUAUAAGGACAUAGGAGAUACAUAAACGAAAUCGAAAGACGUAGCUCGACAAAUGUGACGAGAUAACAGUACAUGCAAAAGCUAUGCUGGAAGAUACCAGUUUAUAACGAUCGAUCGUUUGCAAUAUAAUUUUAUAUGCUGUAUAGUUACGGUAUUAUAAUAUUCAAUGUAAUAUAAUUCAUUGUAAUAUUCAAUGCCGGACAGUUUAAUUUUUACAUUUGUGAAUCGAUAUUAAUAGCAAUGAUUCAUAUUGCUAUAAACUACUUAACUAUUAUACGAACAAUUGGAAUACAAUCUCUGUGUCGUUGAAGGAAAUUGUUACGUUUUAUUCAGAUUAUUAGAUCUAGUAAAUCCUUAGAAAACUGAAGGUAAGUAUGCAUCAGGCAACUUUUCCUUGCUACUUACGAUUUCUUGUUCGUAUAAUAGUAGUUCAUGUUCAGACAAAUGAAUUCAAUCAUGAGAAGUUCAUUUAAUCAAGCAUUAACUAAAGUUUUGUUUGAAUAAACGCGUUCGGACUGAU